GCUUUGCUUUCGUGUGGCUGUCAAAAGGAAGCAGAUUUUGUGCACCCGAAAGAGGAAACUUUCAUUUCCCAGCUUGCAAAUAAUAACAAAUUUUCGUGCUAUCCUCCUGAUAAUUUAUCCUCGCCAGCACGGCCAUUCGGUUCGGUUUAGUUACCUGUUUCGAAGUCUGUUUUAGUUAGAGUAAUGAAACCUCUAUUAAACACAGUUUUGUUGCUUCUUUUCGGAGUGUACCAGUCGCAAGCAAUCAUGUUCCGUUUGCAGCCGAACAUGCAAAAGUGUCUCAAAGAUGACAUGCAGGGGAACCAGAUCGUGGCCGGUGAAUACGAAGUGAUGGGAGCUCCCGGACAGAAGGUGAACUACGUGGUUCGAGACAGUAAGGGUCACAUAAUGUCGCAGAAGGAAGACAUCAGCAAGGGAAAGUUUUCCUUCACCUCGGAGAUGUACGACACCUUCGAGAUCUGUUUCAUCUCCAAUGUUCCACCGACACAUCGCGGCGUGGAGCAGGAUGUAUCUUUGGAUAUAAAAAAGGGUAUCGAAACCAAGAGUUACGAGGGUAUCGGCGAAGCAGCAAAAUUGAAACCACUGGAAGUAGAUCUGAAGCGUUUGGAGGAUCUGUCCGAUGCGAUCGUGCAGGACUUUGCCUUGAUGCGAAAGCGUGAGGAGGAGAUGCGUGAUACCAACGAAAGCACCAACAGCCGCGUGCUGUUCUUCAGUAUCUUCAGCAUGUGCUGUCUGCUCGGACUGGCCACGUGGCAGGUUCUCUACCUGAGAAGGUACUUCAUCGCUAAGAAACUGAUCUAAGGCUUGUGCGCUGAGGCAGCAAACCCUCCGGACGGGAAAAUUGAGCUACUUGUACGAGUAUGAAUGUGAGAAUGAUGCGAUUUUGCUGAAUGAAGAAGAUACACGCGGACUCUACACGCUUUGGAAGCAUAAAUAAAUCACUGCGACACUGUAGCAGAGAACAGACAACCUGGCGAGUCUCAUGUCUGCCUAAAACUAUUUAAGUACACAGAGAGUAGCGGACGGAUAUUUUGGAUCCCUUUUUGAAUAGAUUGUAUCGUUAUCAUUCUAUUUUUCUCAUCUGGCAUUCAUCAAUGUUUUCAUGUUCUAUUGUUUGCUUAUGGAUUGGUUACCCCUAUUUUCACGUAGGUAAACUGAAACGAUUUCGCAAAAUAAUCUUUGAUAGGCUCAAAUCUUAUAAGCCCUUAUCUUUGUUCUUGGUUGUCAUAAACCUGCAACUUUUAUAGUUAAUUUAGGAUUCAACAAAAAAAAAACGAAAUAGAUUUGACGCAUUACCAACAUAUUAA